ACCAUGACAGUUAAGCCCCUCCUACUCCAGCCAGAAGAGGAAGCUGUAACUUCCUGUAACUUGAAGGCUAACAACUCGGCCAUGACAGUUAAGCCCCUCCCACUCCAGCCAGAAGAAGAAUAGUUUACUUCCUGUAACUUAAUGGGACUCCGCCAACCUCCUACGGCAAACCUCCGCAGAAAGAUAAGAGUCAGCAUGUCGUCGCUUCUUCGCCGCCUACCGACGCCCAUGUUCGUGUUGUCGUCGCGGGGACGUUUGGCCGGUCGUUGCCGCUCCGACGACCGAGGUCCGCGGCAAGGCGGUCGAGUGUUGGCCGGCUUUGGUGGUGCGCAUUGCCGCUCCCAGCACACGGCAGGUGCUGUGGAGGUGGAGCUCAGGAAACUACGUGGGGAGGACGAUGGUAUCGUGGAAGUGCUCAUGUGUCGACACAAGGCCCGGAACGCUCUGGGCCACGUGUUUGUGUCCCAGUAUGUGUGAGCAGAUGAGAGCGCUGAUGUCCACGCUGACCAAUUGUGACUCUGUCCCGCGUGUGGUCGUCUUCAGGAGUUUGGUCCCCGGUGUCUUCUGUGCAGGAGCAGACCUGAAAGAACGAGCGCUGAUGGACGACCGACAAUCUGAUUUGUUUGUUCACGGCCUGAGAGACCUCAUGACUCACAUAGCCUCGCUGCCCAUGCCCACCAUAGCAGCCAUGGAUGGAGUGGCUCUGGGAGGAGGACUUGAGCUGGCCUUGGCCUGUGACCUUCGCACUGCUGCGUAUUCCGCACAGAUGGGCCUGAUUGAGACGACACGGGGGCUGCUCCCGGGGGCCGGAGGAAGCCAGCGGCUGCCGCGCACCGUGGGCGUGUCUCUGGCCAAAGAGCUGAUCUUCACAGGGAAGCGCCUGGGAGGGCGGGCGGCGCUGGCGAUGGGCCUGGUGAACCGAGCGGUGGACCAGAACGAGACGGGAGACGCCGCUUACUCUGAAGCGCUCAGCCUGGCUCGGGAGAUCCUGCCUCAGGCUCCCAUCGCCGUGCGGAUGGCGAAGGAGGCGAUGAACCGGGGCACCGAGGUGGACAUCACCUCAGCCAUGGCAAUAGAAAGGAUGUGCUACGCUCAGGUCAUCCCGACACGGGACAGACGCGAGGGAAUGGCGGCGUUCAUAGAGAAGAGGCCUCCGCGAUAUAUUGGCGAAUAAUUUGGGGUGACAAACCACUUUCUUUAAUACAAAGGUACCUCGGUUUUCUUACACCGUCUCGAUGCAAUCUCACAUUUUUAUAAUGUCAUCUACUAUCACAUCUAUAAAUCUAUGUCACGCGUAUGAUUCCGUGGAAUUUACUGUCCGAACAAAGAAUCGCGCUCAGUCUGUGUGCUUUUUUGUUUUUAAACUGAAUAUGACUGCAAAAUAAGCCACUAUGGGACCAAAGAAAGUUGUGAGCGCAAGCCUUUUGAUUAAAAAAAGAAAGAAAAAAAAUGUUGUUUUUAAAUUGAGUAUGACAGCAAAAUAAGCCACUAUGGGGCUAAAGAAAGUUGUGAGUGCAAGCACUUUCAUUCAAAAAGUAUGAAAAAAAAUGUUGUUUUUAAAUUGAGUGACAACAAAAUCAGCCACUAUGGGCCCCAAAAAAGUUGUGAGUGCAAGCACUUUGAUUUAAAAAAAGUAAGAAAAUAUUUGUUUUUAAAUUUAGUUUGACAGCAAAAUAAGCCACUAUGGGGCCCAAAAAAGUUGAGUGCAAGCACUUUGAUUCUAAAAGAAAGAAAAAUGUUUUGUUUUUAAAUUGAGUAUGACAGCAAAAUAAGCCACUAUAGGGCCAAAAAAAGUUGUGAGUGCAAGCACUUUGAUUGAAAAAGAAAAAAAUGUUUUGUUUUUAAAUUGAGUAUGACAGCAAAAUAAGCCACUAUGGGCCAAAGAAAGUUGUGAGUGCAAGCACUUUGAUUAAAAAAAAGUAUGAAACAAUUUUUGUUUUUAAAUUGAGUAUGACGGCAAAAUCAGCCACUAUGGGGCCAAAAAAAGUUGUGAAUGCAAGCACUUUGAUUUAAAAAAAAAAAAAGGUAAGAACAUUUUUUUGUUUUUAAAUUGAGUAUGACUGCAAAAUGAACCACUAUGGGGCCAAAUAAAGUUGUGAGUGCAAGCACUUUGAUUAAAAAAGUAUGAAACAAUUUUUGUUUUUAAAUUGAGUAUGACAGCAAAAUAAGCCACUAUGGGGCUAAAGAAAGUUGUGAGUGCAAGCACUUUGAUUAAAUAAGUAAAAAAAUAUUUUUGCUUUUAAAUUGAGUUUGACAGCAAAAUAAGCCACUAUGGGCCAAAGAAAGUUGUGAGUGCAAGCACUUUGAUUCAAAAAGUAUGAAAAAAAAUGUUGUUUUUAAAUUGAGUGACAACAAAAUCAGCCACUAUGGGCCCCAAAAAAGUUGUGAGUGCAAGCACUUUGAUUUAAAAAAAGUAAGAAAAUAUUUGUUUUUAAAUUUAGUUUGACAGCAAAAUAAGCCACUAUGGGGCCCAAAAAAGUUGAGUGCAAGCACUUUGAUUCUAAAAGAAAGAAAAAUGUUUUGUUUUUAAAUUGAGUAUGACAGCAAAAUAAGCCACUAUAGGGCCAAAAAAAGUUGUGGGUGCAAGCACUUUGAUUGAAAAAGAAAAAAAUGUUGUUUUUAAAUUGAGUAUAACAGCAAAAUAAGCCACUAUGGGCCAAAGAAAGUUGUGAGUGCAAGCACUUUGAUUAAAAAAAAGUAUGAAUCAAUUUUUGUUUUUAAAUUGAGUAUGACGGCAAAAUCAGCCACUAUGGGGCCAAAAAAAGUUGUGAAUGCAAGCACUUUGAUUUAAAAAUUUAAAAAAAAAGGUAAGAAAAUUUUUUUGUUUUUAAAUUGAGUAUGACUGCAAAAUGAACCACUAUGGGGCCAAAUAAAGUUGUGAGUGCAAGCACUUUGAUUAAAAAAGUAUGAAACAAUUUUUGUUUUUAAAUUGAGUAUGACAGCAAAAUAAGCCACUAUGGGGCUAAAGAAAGUUGUGAGUGCAAGCACUUUGAUUAAAUAAGUAAGAAAAUAUUUUUGCUUUUAAAUUGAGUUUGACAGCAAAAUAAGCCACUAUGGGCCAAAGAAAGUUGUGAGUGCAAGCACUUUGAUUCAAAAAGUAUGAAAAAAUGUUUGUUUUUAAAUUGAGUGACAACAAAAUCAGCCACUAUGGGCCCCAAAAAAGUUGAGUGUAAGCACUUUUAUUUAAAAAAAGUAAGAAAAUAUUUGUUUUUAAAUUUAGUUUGACAGCAAAAUAAGCCACUAUGGGGCCCAAAAAAGUUGUGAGUGCAAGCACUUUGAUUCAAAAUGAAAGAAAAAUGUUGUUUUUAAAUUGAGUUUGACAGCAAAAUAGGCCACUGUGGGCCCCAAAAAAGUUGUGAGUGCAAGCACUUUGAUUAAAAAAAGUAAGAAAAUAUUUUUGUUUUUAAAUUUAGUUUGACCUCAAAAUAAGCCACUAUGGGGCCCAAAAAAGUUGAGUGCAAGCACUUUGAUUCUAAAAGAAAGAAAAAUGUUUUGUUUUUAAAUUGAGUAUGACAGCAAAAUAAGCCACUACAGGGCCAAAAAGAGUUGUGAGUGCAAGCACUUUGAUUGAAAAAAAAAAAAUGUUGUUUUUAAAUUGAGUAUAACAGCAAAAUAAGCCACUAUGGGCCAAAGAAAGUUGUGAGUGCAAGCACUUUGAUUAAAAAAGUAUGAAACAAUUUUUGUUUUUAAAUUGAGUAUGACGGCAAAAUAAGCCACUAUGGGGCCAAAAAAAGUUGUGAAUGCAAGCACUUUGAUUUAAAAAAAACAACAAAAAAAACUGGAAAGAAAAUAUUUUUGCUUUUAAAUUGAGUUUGACAGCAAAAUAAGCCACUAUGGGCCAAAGAAAGUUGUGAGUGCAAGCACUUUGAUUCAAAAAGUAUGAAAAAAUGUUUGUUUUUGAAUUGAGUGACAACAAAAUCAGCCACUAUGGGCCCCAAAAAAGUUGUGAGUGCAAGCACUUUUAUUUAAAAAAAGUAAGAAAAUAUUUGUUUUUAAAUUUAGUUUGACAGCAAAAUAAGCCACUAUGGGGCCCAAAAAAGUUUUGAGUGCAAGCACUUUGAUUCAAAAUGAAAGAAAAAUGUUGUUUUUAAAUUGAGUUUGACAGCAAAAUAGGCCACUGUGGGCCCCAAAAAAGUUGUGAGUGCAAGCACUUUGAUUAAAAAAAGUAAGAAAAUAUUUUUGUUUUUAAAUUUAGUUUGACCUCAAAAUAAGCCACUAUGGGGCCCAAAAAAGUUGAGUGCAAGCACUUUGAUUCUAAAAGAAAGAAAAAUGUUUUGUUUUUAAAUUGAGUAUGACAGCAAAAUAAGCCACUACAGGGCCAAAAAGAGUUGUGAGUGCAAGCACUUUGAUUGAAAAAGAAAAAAAUGUUGUUUUUAAAUUGAGUAUAACAGCAAAAUAAGCCACUAUGGGCCAAAGAAAGUUGUGAGUGCAAGCACUUUGAUUAAAAAAGUAUGAAACAAUUUUUGUUUUUAAAUGGAGUAUGACGGCAAAAUAAGCCACUAUGGGGCCAAAAAAAGUUGUGAAUGCAAGCACUUUGAUUAAAAAACAAAAAACAAAAAAAACUGGUAAGAAAAUAUUUUUGCUUUUAAAUUGAGUUUGACAGCAAAAUAAGCCACUAUGGGCCAAAGAAAGUUGUGAGUGCAAGCACUUUGAUUCAAAAAGUAUGAAAAAAUGUUUGUUUUUGAAUUGAGUGACAACAAAAUCAGCCACUAUGGGCCCCAAAAAAGUUGUGAGUGCAAGCACUUUUAUUUAAAAAAAGUAAGAAAAUAUUUGUUUUUAAAUUUAGUUUGACAGCAAAAUAAGCCACUACAGGGCCAAAAAGAGUUGUGAGUGCAAGCACUUUGAUUGAAAAAGAAAAAAAUGUUGUUUUUAAAUUGAGUAUAACAGCGAAAUAAGCCACUAUGGGCCAAAGAAAGUUGUGAGUGCAAGCACUUUGAUUAAAAAAGUAUGAAACUAUUUUUGUUUUUAAAUUGAGUAUGACGGCAAAAUAAGCCACUAUGGGUCCAAAAAAAGUUGUGAAUGCAAGCACUUUGAUAAAAAAAAAACUGGUAAGAAUUUUUUUUUUUUUUUUAAAUUGAGUAUGACUGCAAAAUGAACCACUAUGGGGCCAAAUAAAGUUGUGAGUGCAAGCACUUUGAUUAAAACCAUAUGAAAAAAAUGUUGUUUAAAAUGAGUAUGAGAGCAAAAUGAGCUACUAUGGGGCCAAAGAAAGUUGUGAGUGCAAAGCCCUUGGAUUAAAAAAAGUUAGAAAAACUUAAGGAAUAAAGAACUUCUUCUCUGCUCAUUACCAAUAAGAAUUUUUCUUAAAAGGUCAAAUUCAUGUUAGAUGUUCAUUUAUUUUUUACAUUGGUUUUUGCAUGUACAACUAGAAUUACUAUCUAUAAAAUGUGUUUUUUAUUUUAUUUGAAUACCUUUGGAUUCAUAUUUUUCUAAUGGUUUUCGUCUUGACGUUUUGGAAUAGAUUACUAGUAUAUACAUAUACAUAAUAAUAGAUUUUAUUUGUAAAAAGCACUUUAUAUUGAGUAAACAAUCUCAAAGUGCUACAGUGUAUUAAAAAAUAAAAUAGAAAAAAAAAAAAAAAGAUAAUAAAGAAAUAAAUAGAAAUAAAAACUAGAUAGAUAGAUACACCGACUCCCAGACACAUUUUUUUUCUCUAAAUUUGGCCCCCCCCUCGAGUCAAAAUAAUUGCCCAGGACUAACCCUAACCUCUAACCCCCAGAUAAUUAGAUCAAAAUGUAACUGCGCAUUUCGAACAAAAACCGAGGUACCACCUGUGAAUAUAAAAUGUCACCAUGAAGGGUAUUUACCAAUCUCUUAUGACAACAUUCAAUAAAACAAUGUAAGCGUUUACAUUCUUUAUUUCCUAAGAGGAAAAAUGUCAACAUUUAGUAGCAACGCCAUAAAAGCUUAUGAAAGAUACACAUGAAUAUUUGUCAUUCAAGUGGAAGGAGGAGGGAUCGAAAUAGAACGCCCUCAAACGUAUUUGGAGCUCAACCAAACACUUUCUGGACAAACAUGUCUCAAAAGUCAAACAGAUUUCAAGGAGUAGUUCACUUUCCAUCAUUCCAUAUUGUUUUUACCUCCAAAGUGGAACAAAUGAGUUGUGGCUACCUGCAUUCCUAGAACUUCCUGCUCCACUUGUAUUAGUCCCUCCCAGAAUCGAUGCAGGUUUUAUCAGCAUUGAUAACACAUUUGAAAACAAAUUUGCAACUAUUUUUGCAAAUUCAGACGACUUAGGCUGCAAUAAUAUGGAGGUUAAUUUGUGUUUAUUACAAAAACUUUUUUGACACUGAAUUUUCUGCGUUUGAUUUUGUGAACUGAAUUUUUAUUUUUUUUUUGCAUCAAAUAAAGCUGACAAUUUCAUUGAAAACAAAUUUGUUAGCAAAAUGUGUGUUUAAAAAUGUUCUAAAAUUCAGUGC